UCUGUGGUCAUUGGAUAAUUGGUCAAUAAAAGGUGUAAAUUGUAAAUAAUUUUGAUUUGAUUUGAUUUGCAUAUCAUUUGUGCUAACUCAUCGCAUGACAUGUGCUGUCACGUGUCGAAUAUUUAACGCUUUAACAAGAAACAAAUAAUACACCAGAAGCAACAACAAUAAUAUGCAACAAAUAUAUUUUAUGUUUUACGAAUCUAUAAAAGUAAAUGUCCUUAAGGAUAUUUCCUUUAGUCGACGUUAGCACUUUUAGCGAUGGCACAUAAAAUUUCAAGUGCAUUUUAUGGUUUAACGGAAAAUUCAAUGGGGAAUAUAAAAUUUAGUCCCUGUCAAGUGUGUGGUGAUCAAAGUUCGGGCAAACAUUAUGGUGUUAUCUGUUGUGACGGUUGUUCCUGUUUCUUUAAGCGCAGUGUACGCAAGGGCAAUAUUUAUAAUUGUAUAGCGGGCAAGGGAAAUUGUGUUAUAGAUAAAGCCCGUCGUAAUUGGUGUCCAUAUUGUCGUUUUCAACAAUGUCUCAAAUGUGGCAUGAAUGUGCAGGCGGUGCAAGAAGAAAGAGGUCCGAGACAGCAGCAAGCAACAUCUGCUGCAGCAUCUCGAGUAAAUGAAACAAAAUUAGUAUUUAAAUCGACGACUUCAACAUCUUCAACAACAAAACGUUUACAUACUAUACAAAAUUUAACAUAUAAUACAACAAAUAAAACAUUUUUGUCAUCAACAUCAUCAUCAUCGCCGUCGGCAUCUUUACCCUCAGGUCUACCGCAUACCGGAAGUGCUUUAAAUUUUCAAAUGUUGGCGCAAAUUUUAGUAACAUGUUUGCGUCAGGCCAAAAGCAACGAACAAUUUCGUACAUUGUCACGUUGUCAACAGGAAACCAUUUUACAUUCGGUAUGGAGUGAAUGUUUUGUAUUGCGGGCUUCACAUUGGACACUCGAUAUAACAGCGGUAUUUGAAGCCUGCGGAGAUAUGGUUUUGCAACGCAUCAUUGACGAAGCAAAACAAUUAAAAGCAGAUGUUAUGGAGUUGAAUUUCUUAGAGACAUUGAUAUUAUGUCGAAAGGAAUAUGCUAUAAAUUCUGAAUAUGCCUCAUUAUUGGAGUCAUACACAAAUAAUGCUCUAUUAGCACUGGCUCGCUAUACAGCUCAACAAUCCCAUUGGUUGCGUUUUGGUUCAUUACUUUUGGCAUUGCGACAAUUAUCUUUAAGACGUUAUGAAUGCACAUUAACUGGUUUAUUUCGUAAUAUAGUCAGAGAUAUAUUAAAAACUCUGUAAUUAAUUCAAUUAAUGUUGUAACAACAUGUCAAUUGUUUUUUUUUUCCACAAGAAAAAAAAUUAUAAACAGUAUUUUAUAGAUGAAAUGUGUUGGUGUUUUUUUAAAUAAUUAAUAUAAUUUGUUAUAUCAUAAAUUAAAGAGAUUUUUUUAUAAUUU